CGGCGGGGGGAGGACGGGCUUGCGGGGGUGCGUCCCCUCGCUCUCCUUCCAGCGCUGUGAGAAGGCGAGAGCGGGCCUGCUGCUGGGCUCCUUGCAAACACCGUGGUGGUACGUGCACGUUGAGGGUGAGGGCCGAAAACGGGAUUCACGCAGAGCUUUGGGUGCAGGAUUGUCUUUCAGGUGUAUUGCAUACCAAGUAUAAAAGUGGAAGCUCCAUAGCAUACAAAGGUGACAUGGACAGCUCACUGGAAAAUACGACUCUUUCAUCAUCCAGUUGUUCUUUACAGUCAGAAUUUACCCAAAGUGGAAGAAAGAACAGCAUCAGUUCUUUUGAUGAUUUUCUACAAGGUUUUAAAAACUUGGAUUGCUUCGAUGAGCGAGAUUCUUUUCAUGAUUUAAGUGAGCUAGAAAGAGAGGAAAAGAUCCUUAACGGCUCUGGAGCUGAUACAGUUCAACAUACAGUUGUGUAUAUGGAAAAAGAUGACACCUUACCGCCCCAUUUGGCUGCAAAUACACAAACGUGUAGUGACCAGAAUACUACCAAUGGUUUCAUAAGGAAGACUGUAAAUGGACCUGCAACUCAAACAAGCAAUAGUCAAGGCUUAAUACCACCUCACAUCGGUCAGAUAUAUGAUGAAUUAUUUGUCAUACAUCAGAAGCUCCAGCAAGAAAAUUCAGCACAGCAGCUUUUUAGACACGAAGCAGCUUUAGCCAAAAUAAGAGGCGUUGAAGAAGAAGUUCACACAAAAUUUCAAAUAAUAAAAGAGCAACAUGAGGCAGAGGUGAAACAGCUGACAGAAGCCUUAAGAGAAAUAACUAAAGAAAAUAGGAGGCUCAAGUCAUCGUUUGACACCUUGAAGGAAAUGAAUGACUCCUUAAGAAAACAGUUAAGUGAUGUAAGUGAGCUGAACAAAAAGUUGGAAGGUCAAGCAAGAAAAGUACAAGCUCGUUUAGAGAAUCUGCAGAGGAAGCAUGAAUUUUUAACGGUACAGAAGUCUAAAGAUAUAUGUCAAGUGGUGCAACAAAGCAAGCCUGUCAAGCAGGAAAAAGGGACAGUAACAUCAAAAAUUGCUAAGGUACCACUGAAUUCACAAGUUUAUGAGCUUUUAACUGUUCUUAUGGAUUGGAUCUCAGACCAGCACCUUAGCAAAAUAAAAAUACAAGAAGAAAGAGAGGACAGUCAUAAACUUCUGUUUACCCAGAACUCCAAAAAAACUUACACCCAGGAAAAGUGUAUGAAGCUUUUGCCUGUAGUUGCUGAGCAACUGCAAUGGAUGCCAUUUGUGAAUCCUAAACUACACAUGCCUGUGAUUAAAUUUAUUUACUGGUCUAUAAGACAGCUAGACAGUGGUAUGCAGCAUGCAGCAAUGACAGCAACGAUGAGGAGACUUGGUGAAGAAGUUUUCAAAGGCGUAGCAAGUAAGGGAAACCUGCAUAGUUCUUCUGAACAGUCUACUGAGAGUAAAUCAAAAUCAGCAUCUUUCUUUAAGAGUUCCUUUAUGCCUCUGAGGUUUCUGUCAACGUUAGUUGUGCUCAAGACAGUGACACAAGCAGAUUACCUGGCUCAGGCAUUUGAUUCCCUUUGCGUAGACUUGAAGACAGAUGAAGGAAAGUCUUUAUUUUUGGAGUAUGAAUGUGUGCCUGUCAUAUUAAGUCACUUAAAAAUAUCCCGUAGAGGUCUGCUUUCCAGUGCUCUUGAUGGAUUACUUCAGAUGACCAUGGAAUCUGGUUCCUUGCAGCCUUUCCUGGAAGCCUGCAGUAACGAAUCCUUUUUCCGUACUUGUUCUGUAUUACUUCGAACUCCUAAGCUAGAUCUUCAGAUUUUGGAAAAGCUCUGUGUUAUACUGCAAAAGCUCUCCAGAAUAAAAAGUAAUAAGAAGAUGUUUGAAUUGUUUACUCUUCACCUAAUGAUCCAGGAACUGCAGAGGACAACACAUCCAGAUCAUGCCUUUCUCUGUAUAAACCUCAAUUCAAUUCUGUUUAAUUUGGGAUUGGCAAGGACUAACUCUGUUGCCUCCAGUCUAAGCGCAAGUCACUAGCGUUAUCUUUCAAUCUAACUGUUUUUCUGUAUAAUUUGUACCAGCUCUUUGUGUUACUUGAAGAAGUAUUUGGAGUUUUUCGUACUGUUUUCUAUAAAUAAAUGCAUUAAAACCUCAGUUUUGUAUGAGUUACUGCGUAUCAUGUGCAGUCUCAUUGAUAUCAGUGGAUUCAUACAAGGGAAAAAUGAAAAACUGUGAUGACAUUCUUUAAUACUCUUUUUUUAAAGAGUAAUACAAUGCAGUUUUUCUGAACAACUCAUGUAAGUCAUGAAAUUUGAUCACUUCGACUAAAGUUGCUUAUCCUGAGUGAGCAGACCAGUAAUACCAACCUUUCCUUAUGAUUAUAGGUAUUAGUUACCUUUUACUCUUGAGAGAGUUUUAUCAAUUCAUUGAUUUAUUUUUAUGGUUGAUAAGUAACAGGCAGAUAUCUUCUCAAAUUCUCUUUGAGAUUUUUUUUUUUAGUGAUUAAAAUGAAGUUUUUGCUUUAACUGAACUUAUGAUUGAGUUGAUGUGUGGAAUGAGAUUUUUUUUUUUUUUUCAUUUUGAUGUCAGAAUUUCCUAGAGUCUUUUUGCUAUUUUUCUGUAUUUGUCGCAUUUAGUGUUUUAUCCUGCCUUACUUGGAUGAAUUUCUCUUGUAACUUUUGAUUGUAAUGUCUACAGAAAUGUAAAUAAAGUCUUUUCUUAAGUCUGGCAAUAACAACCCCUGUUGUUAUUAUAUUUUAAUAUUGCAGCUAUAUUUUAUAUUAAUUUUCAAGACAAUUUUCAGUCUCCUCACAUGCUUAUUUUCUGAGCACGAGGUGAAUACGUUCUGUCUUGUGUGCCAGUAGUUCAGUGUUUGGAAGUUGUCCUACAUAGAAGAUAAGAUACUUUUAAAACAUUGAACUUAAUCUUCCAUUUCUAAUUUCUGAUUCAUCAUUUGUACUCUAACUCCUGCAAGUCUUUAAUUGCAACAUUGAAACUGCAAUUAAAAUGUAAAGAUCUGCCAUAUGUUAGUCUUUGAUUAGCACUGGCAAUCAGUACAAAGCUUCAGACAGAUUUGCUUUUCAUUUCCAUAUGUCUUUUUUCAUGUUUUUCCUUUGUAUUUUUUAACAGAAGUUGUUGAAUUGAGUCUUUGAAAUGAAAUUCUAAACGGGAAUAUUUUGCAGCAAUCUGACUUUCAUUUUUGACAAGCUUUUCUAAGAAUGAACUCUGCACCAAAUUUGGCACCAAGUAUGUCCUGAAGACGGAGUCAGCGGUGUGCACCCUUUGGGUGGGAAAAGAAUUCUAGGUAACGGUUAAAUAAUUUUACUGACAGUAGAUUAUGUUUGGGAAUAAAUGUCUUCAUCAGUAGUUUCAGUUUUCUGUCAGAUUUGCCAGCAGUGCAGAAGCUUGUAUAUUCCUUUGACUGAAGACAAAAUCCUCUUAUCUAGUAACUGUAUUUCUAGUCCUCGUGUACUGCUCUGUCUUUGCUUACUCAUUAAAAAUACUAGAAAAUGAGUAACCCAAAAAACCUGUAUAAAGUUAUUAGUCUUCCUACAUCUACAACAAUGGUAAUUUUGCUCUUGGUUUUAAGCGUACUGUCACUGUGUGUGUUAAACUAGUUCUCUUCCUGUGGUACCAAUUUACCACACUUAAAUGUUUACAUCUAAUAACGGUGAAGAAAGAUAAUGUGGUAAAGAGACACAUGAAGUAUGGGCUAAGCUUUUACUAUUGGUUUUGUGUUUUGUUCACAGUAGUAAGUGUCUACAAUUAGAGAAGAUGAAUCACUAUUAACUUGCAGGUUUUAUGAUCGUGAAUGUUUACGUUAAAAUGUAAAAAGAAAAUCUUUGAACCUGUUGAAUAUUAAUGUAACUGGUGCACUAAGGAUGAAACUGAUGUUUUUGAUUUUAAAUGGAAUUUAACUGAGCUGCGCAGAGAAAUACUGGUUCUUGAUUUCACAUUCAUAUUGCGGUAAACAUAUCAGAAGAAAUAAAUAUAUGAAUUCUACAGAUGAAUAUGAAAUGUCUUAGGAAAAAUAGACA